AGACUGCGACAGAUUCAGUAUCAUAUUCUCUCUUUAUUUGUUUUGUUUGUUAGGGUACCCCUGGAAAAACAAUGCACGUGUACACCACAGACAUCUUUUGAGGUGAAAUAAUACAUCUGCUGUAGUCAGAUUGGCAAAUUGAAUGAGGAAAAGGAAAUUGUGACCACAAGCAGGCUUUAAUGUGCUGGGCUUUGAAUGUUUGAGGUGUAUCCAACAAAGACGUACUAAACCCGAAUCAGAACGUAUGCGAUUCAAAGGAAGAUUAUAUUCUGGUUCUAUGGCCUUGCUCUUUAAUAUUUGUCAUUGUCCGCCCAUAUUUUGAUAUUUGACUCCACGAUCAACAUCCUGCAAGUUGCACCAGCCUUGGAUUUGCUGACGUGUCGGCUUCAUCUGCUCAUGCUCGAGCAGAACCAGAUAGCCCAACUGACGACAUGGCUGUAAAUGUAUCUCAUGUAUACAUUUUACUUUUAUUUAUUAUUAAUUUCAUAUCCAAUGCCGCCAUCGAAAGGAGAUUCUCCGACUUCAAACGAUGUGCUGACGAAGAAUGCAGUAUGCUCCUGUGCCGAGGGAAAGCAUCAAGUGAUUUCACUGGACCAGACUGUCGGUUCCUGUCUUUUAAAAAAGGAGAGACGGUAUAUGUCUACUAUAAACUCUCAGGCAGAAGGACAGAUAUAUGGGCGGGGACUGUUGGUAGCCGCUUUGGUUACUUCCAUAAGGACCAACUCGCAAUCAAUCACAUAUACACUGAAAAAGAAUUGGAGAUUCCUGCUCAGGAAACCGACUUUGUUUGUUUUGACACCGGACACGAUCAGUUUGACAGUUAUGACAUUGAGUCACUGUUAGUCUCCUCCUUAUUGUUAACGGACCAAGACAAGUCUUUACAAGGAACCACAGAGACUUUAGACCGAAACGAAAGUGCAGAGAGCACCACAGUGGAAGUGGAUGAGCCUCCACCUGAAGUGACUCUGUUAGAAAACAAUGAGAUUGAUAGUGAUGUUCCUGAGGACAUUGAUAAGGUUUUAGAAGAGGUUUUAGAGGAGUUUCCAGAGGAUAAAGAUCCAGGCCAUUUUGAUCCUUUAGAGUCCUCUCUACCUCAGCCUGAAAUUGAAACUCUUGAUGCAAAAGGAGUUGAAUCUAACACAGUAGUUGAGCCCACAGCUGAGAGGAUCAAAGAUGACCUUCAGAAAUAUCAGCUGAGGACUGAGGACUCUGUGCCGGACAGUGUUGUUGAACCAGAGCAAGGUGAGACUAAAGAAAGCCUUUCAGAACCUCUAUCCAAAGAUGAUCCUGAGUUGGAGAAUGCGCCAGCUGGUUUUUCAGAAGGCAGACCUAUCCCUCAGUUGAAAACUACACUUGGAACAACUUUUGAUGCUGUCACCUCCGAUGACGAGGAAACUAGGAAGGUGACUCCAUAUGACGAGGAGGACGAGGGAAGUGAAGAGUUUGAAUAUCAGCAGGAUGAGAAAAGUGAUUAUCAUCUUAGCAAAACUCCAUUGCUGGCUUUUUCUGAAGAACAUUCUAAUUUAGAACACGAAGACAUUGAUAAGGUUUUAGAAGAGGUUUUAGAGGAGUUUCCAGAGGAUAAAGAUCUAGGCCAUUUUGAAUCUGAUCAGACAGAUGAGGAAGAGACUCCACCAGAGACCGCUGAAAAACAGGACUCCAAGGACAAGAACCUGUGGUCUUCAUUAGGUGAUACAGUUUUUAACAUUGUCAGUGGUGGGGAAAGAACAGCUCAUGUUACAGGUUCAGAGGAAGAGGACGACGACGAUGACGACGAAGGUGAGAUUGCACCAGAGGAGCCUCCCACAAUUGAAGAACCCAAGGAGAAUAUACAGCUGCUAGCCAACGACCCAAAGCAGGAGCCAGAGGUAACAGAACAGCCACAUGAGGUUAUCUUUGAGGAACCUGAAGUUUCUAAUUUCCUUGAGGCGGCUGUCAAAAUGCAUGAUGUGGAUUCCCAGACUUUGCAGUUGGAGGAUGAACCUGAAGAAGGUGACAUUGAACCUUCAAUACUGCCUGCUGAUGAGGUGAUUCCUUUUGAACAUACUGAGGAGGCUAUAGCAGAGAAUCUUACAGUAAAUGAAAGCCCAGUCCCUAAACACGUCUCACAGACAGAAAUGCUUUCAGACUUUGAUAGUAAUACUAUCGACUCAGAACAGACACAAGCUGUUGAAGAACUCCCCAUACAAAAAGAACCCAAGGAGAAUAUACAGCUGCUAGCCAACGACCCAAAGCAGGAGCCAGAGGUAACAGAACAGCCACACGAGGACAUAUUUGAGGAACCUAUAGACUCUGAUUUCCUCGAGGCUAUCAAAAUGCCUCAUGUGGAUUCCCAGACUUUGCAGUUGGAGGAUGAACCUGAAGAAGGUGACAUUGAACCUUCAAUACCGCCUGCUGAUGAGGUGAUUCCUUUUGAACAUACUGAGGAGGCUUUAGCAGAGAAUCUUACAGCAAAUGAAAGCCCAGUCCCUAAACACGUCUCACAGACAGAACUGCUCUCAGACUUUGAUAUUAAAACUAACGUAUCAGAGCAGAAACAAGCUAUCGAACUCCCUAUACAAAAAGAGUCUAGAGAUUUCUCACAAGUAGAGAAUAAAUUGAAACCGGGUGGUACAGAGCUUUUCAGACGAUUUAGAGGACCUAACGUCCCAGAUCCAACUAAAAACACAAUGGUUAAAGAGAGGCAUGAAGAACUCCCUGUAGACGAGGAGGAUUUGAUAGACCCAGAGAACUUGGAGAUUGAAGAAGAAUUGCUAGAGGAUGAAAAUGCAGCAUUGUCUUCAUCCAAAACCGAGCACACUGAUAAGGACAAAGAAAGUAGAUCGGAAUUUGGGUCAGAGCAAUCCAAUAAUGCUACAGAAACCGAGGUAUCUAGUGAUGAGUUGGAUGUUGUCCAAAUUGAGGAGGCUAUUGACAUAGAACCUGAGGAGCAUGACAUAGAAGAUUCAGAAAGUGCAGGCUUGGAUCAAACACAUACACCCUCACUUGAAGACAAAGUUCCGGAUCCCCUUUCAGGCCAAGAGCCAGAAUACAGUGAUAAUGUGUUGAGGCUGACGCUACUGCGCUACCACUUCAAGGAACAGGAUAUGAAGCUCUUCCAGAAGAUUCUGGGUCUUCAGAACCUUUUCAGGGUGGAGUUCUUGUUCUCUGACCUGGAGCAGGAGCUGAAUGCUGCCCUGAUGUCACAGACAAACACCAGUGAGGACAUUGAAAAGGUGCUGGAGGCCAUUUUGGAGGCCUCUGAGACCCCAAUCCUGGAUGAGAUUGAGAGGAUGCUGGAUGCCCGGGAGAAUGCUGACGUACAGCAGGAGACUGGUGAGCUUGAUGUGGAAGCCACCAUCUUGGACAACUUCCAAGAGUUGGCGUUCACCCUGCAUCAGAAGUACUCAAUGACCAGCGACAGUGCUCCCUUGGCAGAGGGCAGUCAACUACACCCUGACACCGAUGGGGACGUGUCUGAUGCAGAGGAAGAAAAGACAUUCCUGCACUCUGUGGGGGACAUAAACGAGGACAACCUCACUCUGACGGUGACAGGUGAAGAGACUAAGGCACCUGAGGAGAAGCCUGACCAUGAAGGCCACAACAGACCAGAUCUGGAUAUGGGUCUUGAGGACGAUGUGGGGCAUUUUAACAGAAACCAAGACAAUCAACCAGAAGAAAUCCAGAGGGGCCCUCAAGCUAUUUUGGAAAAUACCUUGGACAUGGGACUUGUUGACAUGGAGCACCCUUCCUCAGGCUCUUUGGAGUCGCCCCCUGUUUCUGAUUUCCAGGAAGAGGAGCAGAGUAGUUCAUCAAUCGUAUCGGUGUUAAUUUUCUCUGGUAGUCUAGUCACCGUGGUUUAUGAGUACCUUGGAAUAUAUGCUGUUAUGAUGGUCACCUGCCUGCCAGAGGAAUGGAAGCCAGGUCCAGACUUUUACGGCGUGUCCUGGGAACCCGUGCUGGCCACUGCAGGUGCCGGGUUCAUCGGCUUCCUCUUCUUCUUUUGGAGGAGUGUUCUAUCUGUCAAAAGGAAUUCCUAUCUAACUACUGAAAAAGAGAUGGCAGACAGGAUGAAAACAUUUGAACAAGAGAAGGAGGAGAUUCUCCUAAAGGUUGCUGAACUGCAACAACAGGGUGAAGAACUCAAAGAAAAGAAAAAGCUGUCUGAGAAAUCUGCCACCUCAUCUCUGGAAAAGAUCCAAGAAUUAAAAAAUCUUGUGCAAGAGAUGGAGAGACAAAAUGAGUGCCUGGACGAGGAAAAGAACUUGCUCGCCAAAUCCUUUGACGAAGAGCGGACAAAGGCGGCGAAACAUCAAGAUAUGAUGUCAGAAAUGGACAAAACAAUUGAGAAGUUGAAGCGGAGCAGAAAGAAGACUCAGGAGGCUCUCUCAAAGGCUACCAUUCUGAUGGAAGAAGCCAAGCUCCGCGAAGAUGCACGGAACGUCCAGCACCAGGUUCUGGAGAAGGAUAUCGCCACCCUGAGAGAGGAGAACUUCUCGCUGCACCACACUGCCAAUUCGUGGGAGGAGAAGCACAGGGAGUUGAGCGAGCAGAUCAAAGUCUACCAGAAGUCACAGAAAGACCUGGAGGACUCCCUUGCUCAGAAGGACCACAACGUUGAGGUUUUGUCUGACCUCCUGGGAGACCUCGAGGCCUGCGACGACCUGAAAGGAGGCGUCGUGGCUAACGGGGAAGCCGCUAACGACAAGCAGACCGUCAUCCGAAACCGCAUCAAGCAAAUGAUGGAUGUCACUCGGGUCCAGACCACUCUGUCUGUUGUGGAGGAAGAGCGCGAUCGCUUCAUGACCAAGCUGCUGAAUGAAGAGAAAGCCAGGAAAGAGCUGGAAGAACAAUACCAGAAGCUGGAGCAUGCCAUCUUGUUGGUGAAAAGUGAUAAGAACCACCUGGAGAACCAGUACAAGACCCUGCAGCAGAAGAAUGAGAUCAUCACAGAGAUGUACCAGCAGAAGGAGAACGCCUUGCAGCAGAAGCUAACCAAGGAGGAGUUUGAGCGUCGUAACAACGAGGAUAGGCUGACUGAGGUGGACGGCAAGGCCCUGGAGGCCGAGGAGGAGGUCAAGGUGUGCAGGCAGCGUAUCAAGGAGAUCCAGGAUGAGCUGAAACAGACUGAAAAGUCCUACAAAGCCCAGAUCAUUGAGCAGGAGCAGAAAUCCCAUGAGAACUGGGUUAUUGCACGCGCCGCAGAGAGAGCUCUGUUGGACGAGAAAAAGGAAUCAACCAACCUCCGUAUCAAACUGACGGAGAUGUCCAGCAAGCUGAAUGAGCUCCGUAGGCCUCUAUUCAAACCCACCCCUGGGAUGGCUCCCAUGCCUCUCCGACGAGGUGACUCGUACGGGCCCUCGCCCGUGAGCGGAGGUGCCCCGUCCCCUCCUCUCAUGAUGGAGGGUCCUGGGCGACCCCCCUCUGCCCCUGUGGGGAGACGGAACGAGCCCUACGGACCACGACCUCCAUCUGACCCUCACGGUCGUUACCCCCCUGACCACAAACACCCAGUGGCUGCCAGACCUGACACCAUUGCACCACGGACAUCCUCUCCAAGCAGUCUGGACAGCUCGCAGACCGCUCCACCACAGUCACAGGCUGAGGCCCAGGCCUCCACAGAGAACCCAGAGGCAAACUCAGGACCUCGGGGCCCUGGCUCCCUCCUGGCCUCUCCUAUCAGCUCCCCCCCCGACUCAGGCCCCGGCCCCCUCAGACCAGUUAUCAGCCAUCCCUCCGGACUCUGCUACCGUCCUCCUGGCCCUGGGCCCCACCACAUCCCUCCUCCCUCACCCUUCAUGCCUCCCAUGUACCGACCAGCCAACGGACACCCAGGCAUGAUGCCUCCCGGACCCCCACCACCUAAUGGACACCCACCUGGCCCCAUGAUGCCACCCGGACAGCGGCCUCCACCUCCUGGUGCCUACGGCCCCCCACACCACCGGGGCCCUCCUCCACCUCACUAUGGACCAGUGCCUCCCCCAUUCGGUGUUCGCGGCGGCCCCCCUAUGGCACGACCCAUGGGACCACCACGUCCCUACAUGCACUAUGGACCACGUGAUCACUCCAUCCCACCCCAGCACCUGCUCCCAGGAGCGGCCCCAUACCCUCCUCACAGUGGCCCCAGAGACUUCCCCGGGCAGCCCCCCAUGCAGCAGGCCCACCAUGGGCAUGACUCUUCUGUGGGUCCCCAGGGGCAAGACUACAGCUCCCAGCAGGCAGCAGCUACCCCCCAGCCCCAGGACUCAGUCAGCUCCUCCAUGGGAGAGCCUUAGACACCCACCAACUAUGUCAGAGGGCUUGGAUACCACCUGCUACCAUUAACAACCUGGCUAUGUCUAAUCAACCAUGAUUUCUCUUUAUUUUUCCCCUUUCCUUUAGAUUUAAUUUGGAUAUAUAUAUAUAUAUAUAUUAGUGCCAGUCAAAAGUUUGAACACCUACUCAUUUCAAGUUUUUUUUUUUUU